AUGGAAACCCUGAUGCGUUACAUCUAUAUUAGCAAUAUUGUAUACGCUGCAAUGUUGCUAGUUACUGCAGGGUCGAAGAAUUCCAGCGUGGAUGAGGAACAGUCCCUGCUUAUAGAUUCCUUGAUGGACAAGUACGAUCGACGAAUACGACCAAAUAGUAAAGGCAAUCCAGUAAAAGUUUACGUCGACAUGUUCAUUACAAGUUUUGAUUCUAUCAGGGAAACGACAAUGGACUAUGCAGUAACGAUGUACUUUCGUCAGCAUUGGAAUGACACUCGACUUGCAUUCAACGACACCGAGACAAUUGUCGUAACGGAUAAUGUGAGAGAACGGUUCUGGGUGCCUGAUUUGUUCUUUGUUAACGUGAAGCGUGCCAACUUUCAUUACGUAACGAGAGACAACGUCUUUUUCAGAGUACACCCGACGGGUCUCAUACUAUACAGCGUACGACUGAGUUUAACAUUGUCCUGUCACAUGACUUUGGAAGACUUCCCCAUGGAUAGACAGUUUUGUGGAAUACAAAUCGAGCCGUAUGGCUACACAACAAAGGACAUUGAGCUGUAUUGGCAAGAUUCUAAUGCUGUGGCGUGGGACCCCGAACUGAAGAUGGCGCAAUACGUACUAGAAGGAUCUGAUCUAUCGGAGCGAAUACAAGACUACAUUGUUACAGGUUUCUUUGGGCACGUGAAUGUGGUAUUUGUCCUAACACGCCAGCUUGGAUUUUAUGUAUUGCAAACUUAUAUACCCAGUAUCUUACUGGUGGUGUUAUCAUGGGUAUCGUUUUGGAUUGAUGUCACCGCUGCGCCUGCGCGCGUCGCUCUAGGAAUAACAACGGUUUUGACCUUGACGACGCAAGGCUCUGGUGUCAGGUCUGAGUUGCCGAAAGUUGCCUACGCAAAAGCGAUAGAUAUCUGGAUGGCUGCCUGUUUGGUGUUCGUCUUUGCUGCUCUGGUGGAAUUCGCGCUUGUCAACUAUCUCAAUGCCCUUGGCACCAGUAGACAGAAUCUUAGUAAAUUGUUGAAAGAGCAGCUGGCAAAACAAAGAGAUAUGAAUUCAAGUGAAUCAGAAUUCAAAGAAAUGCAAGAGACCAGUAAUAAUUGGCUGGUGAAAACAUCAAGCAUAAAUAACCUGGGUGCAAGCUACGAAAAGAUACCUAAAAGUCCCGAUGGAUUGACGCCCGAGUUGUUAUCAACACGAUUACGAAGCAACAGUUACAAGUGUGCCUCAGCGAUCUCUAUUCAACACAAGCCGGAAGUACCAGUCGCCGAUUCGUUGUUCGCUGAGGGCGUUAUACUGAAAAACAGGGCGUUAAGAAUAGACAAAUUAUCUCGUAUAAUUUUCCCCACUAGUUUUCUUAUAUUUAAUUGUCUGUACUGGCCGUUGUAUAUGAUGAACUGA